CUGGCCGGAAGUGGCGCGCUUGCUUGCUUGGGCGAGCUUGAUCUGGCCCUGCGCCGUGCUCUCCGAGCUGCUGUCCUGCUUUCCGGUCGGGUUGGUGGGGCAUGGAGCGGGUGAGCGGCGGCUGUGAUCGCCGCGGCUCCUCCUCUGCAGACCCACGAAGCACCUUCGUGUUGAGUAACCUAGCGGAGGUGGUGGAGCGUGUCCUCACUUUCCUGCCCGCCAAGGCGUUGCUGCGGGUGGCCGGUGUGUGUCGCUUAUGGAGGGAGUGUGUGCGCAGAGUGUUGCGGACCCAUCAGAGUGUGACCUGGAUCUCCACGGGCUCAGGGGAUGCUGGCCUCCUGGAGGAGCAUUGCUUGGUCCGCGUGGUAACCGAAGAGCUUGAGAAUGUCCAUAUCUUACCACGGACAGUUCUUUACAUGGCUGAUUCAGAAACUUUUAUCAGUCUGGAGGAGUGUCGCGGCCAUAAAAGAGCCAGGAAAAGAACUACUAUGGAAGCAGCAUUUGCCCUUGAGAAGCUCUUCCCAAAACAAUGCCAAAUCCUUGGGAUUGUGACCCCAGGAAUUGUAGUGACACCAAUGGGAUCAAGUAGCAGUCGACCUCAGGAAAUAGAAAUUGGAGAAUCUGGUUUUGCUCUCUUAUUCCCUCAAAUUGAAGGAAUAAAAAUACAACCCUUUCAUUUUAUUAAGGAUCCAAAGAAACUAACACUAGAAAGGCAACAGCUCACUGAAGUAGGUCUUUUAGAUAACCCUGAGCUUCGUGUGGUCCUUGUGUUUGGCUAUAACUGCUGUAAGGCAGGAGCCAGUAAUUAUCUGCAGCGAGUAGUCAGCACUUUCAGUGAUAUGAAUGUCAUCUUGGCUGGAGGCCAGGUGGACAACCUGGCAUCGCUGACCUCUGAAAAGAACCCUCUGGAUAUUGAUGCCACUGGUGUGGUGGGACUGUCAUUUAGUGGACACCGAAUCCAGAGUGCCACAGUGCUUCUCAACGAGGAUGUCAAUGACGAGAAGACUGCUGAGGCUGCGAUGCAGCGGCUCAAAGCAGCCAACAUUCCAGAGCAGAACACCAUUGGCUUCAUGUUUGCGUGUGUUGGUAGGGGCUUUCAAUACUACAGAGCCAAGGGGAAUGUGGAGGCUGAUGCAUUUAGAAAGUUUUUUCCUAGGGUUCCUUUAUUUGGCUUCUUUGGAAAUGGAGAAAUUGGAUGUGAUCGCAUAGUCACUGGAAACUUUAUACUGAAGAAGUGUAACAAGGUAAAGGACGAUGACCUCUUUCACAGCUACACAACAAUAAUGGCUCUCAUUCAUCUUGGGUCAUCUAAAUAAAGCUACUUCUACAGUGGCUUUCACAAUAUAUAACUUCCGGCUUCUGCUUUUUCUAGACAAUGGAAACUUGGUGUAUGUGUACUUCAUACAAAAAAAAAAAAAAAAAAUUAUAUGCAUCUGUUUUGUAGCUUUGACACUCUAAAGACCACUUGGUAGUUUUUAAAAUAUUAGAUGGACAACUUCGUACAUAAGGUAAUGCAGACCGUGAGUUGAGAGCUUUUGCAUCAGGCACAAGCAAACCAGUUAUGGCUCUGUUGCACCAGACUGUGGAGUGUAGCUGCUGUGCAGCAGGACUGUACGGUCUUCUGCACAGGUGGACAGAAAGAGGGUUCAUCAACAGGAAGGAGAUUCAAGACAUUCCAUGACUACCUCUGCAACGUUAGGUGAUCUUUCGGCAGAAUCACGAAGAUGUUUUUCUCCCUUAGUAAAGGAGGAAACAUACAGAGGGCUUGACAAAUCUUUCUCUGUUUUACAAUUAUAUCAUUUUUUUUCAGAAGCUGUAACAAAAUUAUGGCUGACUUUUUACAUAUUUGAUAAAUAUUAAAGAACUAUUUUUGUUUUCGUAUGCUAAAUUAAAGUAGCUUAGACAGAUAAACUGCCAAGACUAACUAAUCAGUAUUUUAUUACAUUAUAAGGACAACAUUUUUUCCUUUUCCCUCACUAAAGAAAUUGCAAGGGAAAAUUUAACCUAGUCUGAUGUCGCUAAUUGGCAGAUCACCCAAUUACAUCAUCUUAUUUUGGUUUUAUACCGAUAAAACAGACCUUGGAAACUCAUUCAGAUAGUUCUGUACGUCAUUGCUUUGGGUGAGUGAAUGAUGUAAACUGAUCCUUCAGAAAAGCAAACCCAGAAUAAUGGUAUUUGUCAGCCAGCAAGAGCUGGCAUAAUUCUAGUAAAAAUUUCUAUAUAUGCAAAUACUGAAAUAAAAUAAGUGCAGAGAAUACCCAUUUUCCCCCAAUAUCCAUUCUUUCCUUUUUACAUAGUUAGAAAGCCUUUGAUUGAAAAAUCAAAUGGUGCUAGUCACCUGCACACCACACUAAAGACAGCUGCAUUUCCUGGUCUCCAUUGCACGUAUGACUGUCCUGGUCAGUGAAAUGUUAGGGCAGCGAUACUGGGUCCAUUAGAAUACGGUGUGACUGUUUUCCUGCCCUUUUUGGAUCCUGUUGCCUAGAAGUGGAUGUGACAGUGAGCCAUCUCAGACGCUAAGAAGAAGCAAUGCUGUAUCUGGAAGAACCACACAGAAGGAUCCUGGUCACCACAUAGUCCUGUUGAAGUGCUGCCCUAACUAACUUGGACUGUUUUACGAGACAGAAGUUAACAUCAGUCUUGCCUAAGCCACUUGCUUUUCCCAGGUCUUUGUAACAGGAUGUCUGUGUCGGCACAUUCUAUCUAACACAGCAGGACGGAGGGUGUGGCACUUGGUAACAGUGAUUCUAAUGGGACAGUAGAAAGCUUGCAAAGUAAGUGAAAUCAAAUAUAUUAACACUGCUGCUUUUCUUUUUAAUCCUUUUUUAAAGCCCAUUUUUGCUCCAAAGUAUUUUUUCUUCCUGUUAUAUAAAUGAUAAAAAUACUUAAAAGUUUCCUUAAUUUAUGGUUAUUCUCAAUCUUAGUCACUAAAGAAAGCCCAAAGAAAACUGUGUCACAGAACUUUUAAUCUUUGAAUAUUAAUAUUUAGUCAUUUUAAUUUAGCUAUUAACUCCUCUAUUAUUUGACAUUCAUACCCAUUAUCAAGUAGCUAAUACCUCAAAAUUUCAGUCCUUGGUUAUGCUUAUAUAGCAUGUAAGGAAAAUGCUUUGUAAAUUUUCUUUGUCCUCGAUAUUAACCAGAUUUGGUUGAACUGUAGAGGGAAGAGGAUGUUGAAACCUAGAAAUAUGAACAAAAUGAGCCUCAGAGUUGAAAUAAUUCUUUUUUUCAAAUUAAUACUCAUAUAAAAUGUUUUGUUACUUUUCAAUGGAGAGUCAGCUACAGGGUCAUUUCAUAUAAUAUUUGGAGUUAAUAUAGGGCUCCUUUUCAUGGCUGAGACUUUGGAGCUUGUUAUGAACAAUAAAUUCAUUUGGCCACAAAAUUGUAACUUUGGUGCAGAAUAGGAAGGGGAGAAGUUGACCCACUAGAAGGAGUAGUACUGAGAACCAGUCAGUUACUACUCGUGCCUCCCCUAGGCCUUCACAGUCCAUGGAAGGAGUACGGUAAUUUAACCAAAGUUAAAAAUAAUUUAUUACAGUUUUGAAAGGCUUGUCUUAAAGCAUCAAAGGAAAAAUUACUGUUUCACCUAGAAAAAUACUAAAUUCCUAGGAAUGGUAACUGUUUUAGUCAUUUAUGAAACUGAAAAAUGAUCAUGUAGAAAAAAUUGACAUGAGCACAAAAAAUAAAGAUGUACCCUUAGUGUCUGAACUGCCUCCUGUCAAGUGAUACGACUGAUAGGAUACUUUAUUUAAUCAAGAUGUUUAAAAAUAUUUAUUUCCUUUAUGUGCUUUCAAAGCAGCUACAGUUUUCCUGGUUAAAGUCUGCUUCAAGGAAUAAACUCCUUGAAAAAACAAUUAGCAAUGUAAGGAAGAGGAGGGAAGCUGGGGAGUAGGACCUCAGAACAGACACCCUACAGGUUGAUGUAAUUAAUAACCUGUGACCUAGACUGAUGAAGGGCCAUGUCACUAUUUUCUCAACUUUGUUUAAACUUGGAGCAUUGAUAAAUAUACCAAUUUUUCAACUUAGUAAGAGAUGCCAGAUAGCAAAAGUUUUGCCACUAAUUUAUACUGUAAAUUUAACACAAUGAACAUGCAAAGAAUGUAAAAUAAACUUUUAUAAAUCAGAAUUUCCUAUGCAUUCUGCAGAAAUUUUUGAGAAAAAAAUCUACUUUUGUCAUUUUGUGCCCAGUCUAACCCAUAUUAGACUAGGCACAUCAUCAUAAAUUCAGUUUUAAUGGAAACAGAAGACUCUACAUCCUUUUCACUUGAAAUUGAUAUUUUAAGUAACUGACAUGGUUUUCAUUUGUAGAAACAGUAUGAGUUAAUAACAUUCAUGAAUUAAUGAAUCCUAAGAUUUCAAAACAUAGUAAACAUUAGUAAUAACAUCCUUGUUAAAUGAACUAAUACCUAUACUACAUAAGGAAUUUUACCAGAAAGUUAUUUUAAUAUUCAUGCCAUGUAGAGAAAAAUAGUGAAAUACUUGCAAGACAUGUUUUUAUUUCAUAUCUGCCCUAUGCCACAGUGGGGACAGGAUAGAAGAAUAUAUGCUACUUGUAGAAAACAUUGGCAGAAGCCAGUAAACUUCAUUGAAUGUUUUGGUACUAAGAGUAUAUGGAGCAUUUCGUUUCAUAAACAGUAUCUAUAAAAGUUACUGUUCUCUAGUGAUGGUCAUCAUCACAGCCAGCAAAAAAGGCAAGAUAAUCACAAGGAAUUUGGAAAGAAUAUAUAUUCAUUAAUUUUAAAUGCGAAUGAUCAGAACAAAGAAAAUUUUGAGACCAUUUUCUUAACAUUUACACAGUGCUUCCAAGCCUAACCAAAAUUCAGUUGCUAUGCAUGUAUCUAAAGCCUAGGUAGUCAGGACACUGAAAUUGCAGGUAGGUAUAAGCACAAUUGACCUGAGUGAUACCAGCAAAAUGGUGAACUAUGAUACUCUAAGCUUUUGUUUCUCCACAGAAACCCUAGGGAGGGGGGAAAAAAGUAGCAACUGUAUGAAGCAACUUUGUUGGAGCUCUGGGAAACAGUCAGAGGUUUACAGCAAGCAAGACAGUGCUCAGUGAACAACACACAUCAUCAGAUUGGUAGGAAAGUUUUGUGACUUUUUACUCACCCUGCCCUGCCUUGCGCAGUGGUGGUUUUAUUCUUAAAAUGGCAGAAGCCUGGUUCCCAGCUCCUUCCCUCAAACCAGAGAAGGAAGAACAGACUUUAUUUGCAAAUUAUUGUUUGUCUUUUCUAAUCUGUCUGGGCUCAAAGGUGCUCAUCAUCAUUUUGCGUAACUUGGAAAUUGGGCAAGAAAAAGUGGGCACUGCUUGUAAAAACUGCAAGAUGACUACAGUAUCACAGGCGCCCGGAGCAAAAGUUUAUGGAUAGAGACAAAACAGGCUAAUAAGGCCCAAAGGAUAUGCUGCAGUGAGAUUUUUGAGAAAAUGGACAUUCAAAAGCAGCUGUACACAGGGGAAGAUAAAGAAUGCCACAUGCAUGCACAGGCAAAACUGCUCAGGAAAGAUUUAAGACCUGAAGCUUUCAUCUUCUGAUCCUAGGAUAGAAGGAAUCCUAGCUAAGUACUAUAGGAGUGCCCUUACACCCAGCUAAGCUGUAAAGACAAGAAGUGGCACUGAAAAUAAACAAUCUAAGGGAUUUGUAAGACACCAUCAAAUGGAACAAGAAAUGUGUUAUGGAAGUUCCAGAAGGAAAAGAGAAAGCUAUAUGAAGAUUAUUUGAAGAAGUACUGACAAAAAACUUGCCAGGUUUGAUGUAAGACGUGGAUGUUCACAUCAAGAAGCUCAACAAACUCUUAAGUAUGGUAAAGUCCAAAGAGACUCCAAGAUACAUUACCGACAGUCCUCAACUUGGGAGGAUUUGACUUGAAGUUUUCAACUUUACACUAGGACAUGGUGAUGUCCAUUUGGUAGAAAGCACAUUUCAAGUUUUGAAUUUUGAUCUUUUCCCAGGCUAGCAAUGUGCAAUAAAAUAUACACUUUUGGGAUUUCCCACUGUGGCUCGGCGGUAACGAACCUGACUCUGGUAACUAACUUGACAAGUAUCCAUGAGGAUGUGGGUUUGAUCCCUGCCCUCACUCAGUCUGGUAACGAACUUGACUAGUAUCCAUGAGGAUGUGGGUUUGAUCCCUGCCCUCACUCAGUAGGUUAAGAAUCUGGCAUUGCUGUGAGCUGUGAUGUAGGCUGCAGAUACAGCUCGGAUCUCAAGUUGUGUAGGCUGGCAGCUGCAGCUCCAAUUUGGCCACUAGCCUGAGACGUUCCAUACCUUCGUAUGCCACAGGUGCAGCUCUAAAAAGCAAAAAAACAAACAAAAAACAAAAAAAAGAGGGAGCUAACUUGUGAUGCAUGGCAGUAGUGGUGAGCUGCAGCUCCCAGUCAGCUGUGUGGUCAUGAGGAUAAACAUCUGAUACACUUAAACCCAUUCUAUCCCAUACUAUCAUUCUGUUUUUCAGUACAGUAUUCAGUGAAUUACAUGACUUUAAAAUAGGCUUUGAUAGUAAAUGAUUUUGCCCAAAUACAGGCUAAUAUAAUUGGAGCACAUUUCAGAUAGGAUAGGCUAAGCUAUGGUGUUCAGUAGGUCAGGUAUAUUAAAUGCAUUUUCAAUCUAUUUGAAUUUAUCAUGGGUUUAUUGAGAUGUAACCCUACUGUAAGUCAAGGAAGAUCUGUAUAAUUAAACUAGCCAAAGAGAAAGUAUCUUGAAAGCAGCAAGAAUAAAGAGACUCAUCACAUAAAAGAAUCUUCAUUAUGAUUAUCAGAUUUCUCAUCAGGUACCAUGGAGGCCAAAAAGCAGUGGUUUGAGAUAGCAAAGUACUAAAAUAAAAACUGUCACCUAAAACUUCUAUCUGGCAAAACUGUGAUUCAGGAAUGAGGGAGAAACAUAGCCAGACAAAAGUUGAAGGAGACCGAUAAAACUGUUAGGGAGUUCCCACUGUGGGUCUGCAGGUUACAAACCUGACUAGUGUCCAUGAGAAUUCAAACUCGAUCCCUGCCCUCGCUCAGUGGGUUAAGGAUGGGCGUUGUCAAGAGCUGCAGUGUAGGUCACAGAUGAGGUUGGGAUCCCAUGUGGCUGUGGCUGCGGCACAGGCCAGCAGCUGCAGCUCCAAGUUGACCACUAGCCUGGGAACUUCAUAUGUCACAGAUGCAGACCUAAGAAAACAAACAAAAAAAAUCAAAACACAAAGACACUAACACAGAAAAUGGAAGGCAAAAAGCUGUAAAGCAUAUGGAAAAGAAACAGCAAAAUGACAUAAGUCCCUCCUUCCUCAUCAACAAUUACUUUAAAUGUAAGUGGCUUCAACUUCAAUCAAAAGAUAAACAUUGGUGAAACUGAUUUUUUUUUUUUUUUGGUCUUUCUAGGGCCGCACCUGUGGCAUAUGGGGGUUACCAGGCUAGGGGUCGAAUUGGAGCUAUAGCUGCUGGCCUACACCACAGCCACAGCAACUCGGGAUCCAAGCUGUGUCUUGACCUACACCACAGCUCACAGCAAUGCCAGAUCCUUAACCCAGUGGGUGAGGCUAGGGAUUGAACCCACAACCUCAUAGUUCCUGGUGGGAUUCGUUUCUGCUGUGCCAUGAGGGGAAAUCCCCCUGAAAUUGAUUUUUAAUAAACAAUCAUAACAAUCUCCAAGAGACUGACUACAGUUCCAAAUAGGUUAAAAGUAAAAGGAUGAAUAAAUAUAUUGCAUGCAAAUAAUAAUUAAAAAGAGAGUAGUAUAUAAUAAUUGGACAAAUAGACAUAACUUCUUUGGAUAUAGAGAGACAGAAAAGGACAUUUUAUGUUAAAAGAUUUUAUAUAAGAAAGAGGUAACGGUUGGAAACAUACACAUCUAAUAACAGAUCCUCAAAAUAUAUUAAGCAAAACAUCACAUAUAAAACGUAUGGGAUGCAGAAGAAGCUGUACUAAGAGGGAAACUUCAAGCUUAAGUCCUUGCCUUCAAAAAACAAAAAACAAAAACCAAAAUCUAGACUUCCCCUGUGGCCCAUAGUAUACUACUUGUGAUUGUCUCUGCAAUGGCUCUGGGAACAUCCAUAUGCUGUAGGUCCAGCCACAGCUAUAAAAAAAAAAAGAAUCUGAAAACAUUCUAACUUUAACUAGAAAAAGAAUGGACUAAAUCCAAAGGUAGUAGGAGGAAGAUUAAAACUAAGAAAAAUACAGAAUAGAAAAUCAAUGGAAAACUUUGAACCCAAAGCUAGUUCUUUGAAAAUGUUAACAAAGUGGACAAACCUUUAGAUCAGUAAUAAAAGAAGACAAAAACAGAAAUAAAAGGGGCUUUACUAAAAAUUCCAUAGAAAUAAAGAGGACUAUGAGCAGUUGUACACAAGUUGGAUAACCUAGAUGAAAUGGAUGUAUUUCUAAAAAUACAAAAACAACCCUACCAAGACUGAUUCUUGAAGAAAUAAAAAAUCUACAUUGGAGUUCCCGUCGUGGCGCAGUGGUUAACGAAUCCGACUAGGAACCAUGAGGUUGAGGGUUCGGUCCCUGCCCUUGCUCAGUGGGUUAACGAUCCGGCGUUGCCGUGAGCUGUGGUGUAGGUUGCAGACGCAGCUCGGAUCCCGCGUUGCUGUGGCUCUGGCGUAGGCUGGCAGCUACAGCUCCGAUUCGACCCCUAGCCUGGGAACCUCCAUAUGCCGCGGGAGCAGCCCAAGAAAUAGCAAAAAGACAAAAAAAAAAAAAAAAAAAAUCUACAUAGACCUAUAUAGCUAGGAAGGAGACUGAAUCAGCAACCAAAAAGUCCACAAAACCCCUGCAACCUCUGGCUUUAUUUUAUUUUACCAAAUGUUUAAAGAAAAAAUAACAUGAGUUCUCAGACUUUUCAAAAAAAUAUUCAACAAGAGGAAACACUUCCUAAUCCACUGUAUAAGGCUGGUAUUACCCUGAUACCAAAGCCAGCCAAUGACUACAUGAGAAAAGAAAGCUUGGAGUUCCUGCUGUGGUAUAGCAGGUUAAGGAUCCAGCAUUGUCUCUGCAGCAGCUUGGGUCACUGCUGAGGUGUCAGUUCAAUCCCUGACCCAGUGCAGUGGGUAAAGGAUCCACUGUGGUCACAGCUGUAGCUUGAAUUCAAUCCCUGGCCCAGGAAUCUCCAUGUGUUGGAGGUGCGGGAAUAAAAAAGGAAGCUAAAGACCAAUAUCCCUGAUGAAUAUUGAUACAGAAAGUAUUAGCAAACUGAAUUCAAGAACACAUUAAAACUUUUAUACAUUUUGAACAAGUAGAUUUACUGUUGCAACGAAAAGAUGAUUCAACAGAUAAAAAUCAAUCAAUGUAAUAAUACAUUACAAUAGCAGAAUGAAGGAAAAUCCCACAUGGCUCACAUCAGUUGAUGCCGAAAAAGCAUUUGACAAAAUUCAGCCUUUUUGAUUAAAAUUUAAAAAACUCAACACAUUAGGAAUUGAGGGAAACUACCUCAAAAUAAUCAAGGCCACAUAUGAAAAUUUUACAGUGGGAGUUCCCGUUGUGGCUCAGCAGGUUACGAAGCUGACUAGUAUCCAUGAGGAUGUGGGUUCAAUCCCUGGUCUUGCUUAAUGAGCUAAGGAUCUAGUGUUGCCACAAGCUUCAGCGUAGGUCACAGAUGUGCCAUGGACCCAAUGUUGCCAUGGCUGUGGCAAAGGCUGGCAGCUGCAGCUCUGAUUCAACCCCUAGCCUGGGAACUUCCAUAUGCCUCAGGUGCAGUUCUAAAAAGGAAAAUAAAUAAAUAAAUAAAAUCUUAAAGCUAACAUCAUAAUCACUGGAGGAAUGAAAGCUUUUCCUCUUAACAUCAGGAACAACACAAGGAUGCAGCUUUGCUACUGCUAUUCAACAUGGCAUUCAAGGCAGAGCGAUUAGUCAAGAAAAAGACUGAAAUUGGAAAAGAAAAAGUAAAAUCAUUUCUGCAGAAUGCAUGCUAUCCUACACUAAUGCCCCCCACACACACAAAUUUUGUUUGAACUAAGGAACAAAUUCAGCAAAGGAUACAGAAGCAACAUAUAAAAUUGGUUGCCUUUCUAUAUACUAACAUGAACAAUCCAGGAAAGAAAUUAAAAUAAGUCCCUUUAUAAUAUCAUUAAAAACAAUAAUAUACAUAGGUAUUAAUGAAUAAAGCAAAAGAUUUGUACACUGAAAACUACAAACAUUGCUGAAUGAUGUUAAAGAUGACACCAAUAAACAUAUCUCAUGUUCAUGGACUGGAAAACAAUAUCUGUAUGAUGUCAAUACUACCCAAAGUGAUCUCCAGAUUCAAUGUAAUCCUCUUCAAAAUUUCAAUGACAUAUUUUAUAGAAAUAGAAAAAUACUUCAUAAAGUUCAGCAGAAUGUGAACUUUAACCAAAGCAAUCUUCAAAGUUGGAAGGUUCAUACUUCCUGAUUUCAAACUUUACUGCAAAGCUACAAUAAUCAAAACAGUGUGGUACUGAAUACAGACAGACAUAGAGAUCAGAGGCAUAGAAUAGAGAAUCCAGAAAUCCUCACAUAAAUGGUUAAAUGAUUUGGGGGAAGUAUGCUAAGGCCAUUUAAUGGGAAAAGGAUAGUGUUUGCAAUAAAUGGUGUUGGGAAAACUGGAUAUCCACAUGCAAAAUAAUGAAGUUGGUCUAUUCCCAAACACCAUAUACAAAAAUUAAUGGAUCGAAGGCAAAUGUAAGACUUAAAAACUCUACUCUUAGAAGAAAAUGGGGAAAUUUUCAGGACAUUGGAUUUGGCAGUGAUUUUUUUGGAUAUGACACAAAAUUCAAGGCAUCAAAAGAAAAAACAAACUGGACUUAAUCAAAAAUUACAACAUUUAUGUAUCAAAGGACGCUAUCAACAGAGUGAAAAAAGCAUACCACAGAAUGAGUGAAAAUAUUUGCACAUCACAUAUCUGAUGAGGGAUUAAUAUAUAUUAAAAACUCCUAAAAUGCAACAACAGGAACUAAAGACAACCCAAUUCAAAACUGGGCAAAGGACUUGAAUAUUAAAUAGGUAUCCAAAGAACAUACAGAUAGCCAAUAGGACAUGAAAAGAUGCUCAACAUUACUAGUCAUUAGGGAAAUGCACAUCAAAAUCAAGAUGUAAUACCAUUUCAUAUCUAUUAGGGUAGCUAUUACUAUAAAAAGAAAGUGUUGACAAGGAUGUGAAGAAAUUGAAACUUGUGUACUCCUGCUGGGAAUAUAAAGUGGCGUAGCUGCUAUAUAAAACAGUAUGGCAAUUCCUCAAAAAAUUAAAUACAGAAUUAGCAUUUGAUCCAGCAGUUCCACUUGUGGGUAUUUAUACAAAAGAAAAGAAAACAGGAACUUGAACAGAUAUUUGCACAUCUGUGAUUAUAGGAGCAUUAUUUACAACAGCCAAAAGGUGAAAUGACUCAUGUUUAGUGAAAGAUGGAUAGGCAAAAUAUGGUAGAUAUGUACAAUGGAAUAUUAUUCAGUCAUAAAAAGGAAUGAAAUUUAGGUACAUAAAAUACUGCCAGUGAACCCUGAAGACAUAAGUGAAAUAAGCCAGGUACAAAAGGUCAAAUAUAUGAUUCUACUUAUAUUCAGAAUAUUCAUAUACUUAGAGAUAAAGCUGAUGUUGGCUAUUGGCAUCUGAGGGAAGGAGGGAAUGGGGAGUUGUUUAAUGGGUACAGUGUUCAGCAGGGGAUGAUGGGGAAGUUAUGGAGAUGGAUAGUGGUAAUGGUUCUACCAAUGUGAACAUACUUAAUGCCACUGAAUGGUAUACUUAAAAAUGGUAAAAAUGUAAAUCCUGUGUGUUUUUACACAAUAAAACUUUUAAACCACCACCAAAAAAAAUGGCCUAGCAAUUUUUACAAAAGGGCUAUCAAGCCACAAGACACAGAGGAAGUUUAAUUUGUAUAUGGCUAAGUGAAAGAGGCCAAUAUGAAAAGGUUACAUACUGUAUGAUUCCAGCUAUAUGACAUUUGAGAAAAAGCAAAACUAUAAAGAGUAAAGGGAUCAGUGGCUGACACCGUGGGAUUGGGAAGGGUGAGUAGAUGGAGCGUAGGAGAUUUUUAGGGUAGUGAAAUCAAUCAGUGAUAUUGUAGUGGUGGACUCCUGAAAUUAUGCAUUUGUCAAAGUCUAUCAAACUGUAACAAAGAGAAGAGCCUUAAUGUAAACUAUGGACUUCUGUUAAUGUAUCAAUACUGUUUCAUUUAUGUAAACAAAUGUAGUGCACUAGUGCAUUUUACAUAGAUGUUUCACAACAGGGGAAGCUGUGUGGGAGAGGGUAGUAUAUGGGAAUUCUCUGUACUAGCUUCUCAACCUUUCUAUAUAUCUCAAACUUGUCCAAAAAUAAAGUCCGCUUAAAAAAUUC